GCUCGCGUAGAAAUAAACACAUGUGUGUCGUAAUAGACUGAAAUGUUUACCACGACUGUUCUAUGUAACUUUUCAAUAGUAACCACUUGAAGACUGUAGACAUUUCAAAGACAACAUUGUCGACCAUAUCAUCGAAUGGUUCGGCAAUAUCAUAUGAAGUUACAGAUUAACUGAAGAUGAGGACGACAACUCCAGAAAAACUGGUUCAACUCCAGAAGAAUCCAUCCAACAUCCGCAACAUUUGUAUCUUGGCUCAUGUUGAUCAUGGUAAAACCACACUUGCUGAUUCACUGGUGGCCAGCAAUGGCAUCAUUUCCCAGAGGAUGGCUGGUAAAUUGCGGUACAUGGACAGUAGAGAGGAUGAACAGACUCGAGGCAUCACCAUGAAGUCUAGUGCCAUCUCAUUAGCUGUUCAGAGAGAUGCCCAGGAGUACCUUGUAAACUUAAUAGACUCACCAGGCCAUGUGGACUUCUCUAGUGAGGUGUCCACAGCUGUACGUCUGUGUGACGGAGCAGUAGUCGUGGUGGACGUAGUGGAGGGAGUCUGUCCUCAGACACAUGCUGUACUUAGACAAGCCUGGCUGGAGAACAUUAAACCAGUACUUGUAUUAAACAAGCUCGACAGACUCAUCAUGGAACUCAAGAUGGACCCUCUGGAAGCUUUCUUCCAUCUACAGGUCCUACUAGAGCAGGUAAACCUGGUGACCAAUGAAUUAUUCACAACAGAGAUCAUGGCCAAAACGUCUAGUCAGACAGAUGGGGCAGGCCAGGAGAAAGAGAAGUCCAAGGCAGUGUCCAAUGAUUGGACAAUUCAGGCGGAUGAUGAAGACGAGGAAAGGAACAUCUUCUUCUCCCCGACCCAGGGCAAUGUGGUAUUUGCCAGUGCCUAUGAUGGCUGGGGAUUCACGCUCAACCAUUUUGCUGAUAUGUUUUCAAAGAAGUUGGGAAUUAAGAAAGAAGUUCUACAGAAGACACUGUGGGGAGACUUCUAUCUGAACAGUAAAACCAAGCGCAUUAUGAAAGGUGCUCAGUCCAAGGUCAAGAAGCCUCUGUUUGUACAGUUUAUCCUGGAGAACAUAUGGGCAGUGUAUGAGUCUGUCAGUGUUAACAGGGAUGCUGAAAUGACUGAAAAGAUCGUCAAAUCACUAGGCCUGAAGAUCUCUCCUCGAGACAUGAGACAUAAUGAUCCCAGAAUGAAGCUGCAAGCCAUCAUGGGGCAAUGGCUGAGCGUGUCCAGGGCUGUGUUAGAUGUGGUAGUGGAAAAACUGCCAUCACCGUUGGAGAUAUCUGAGGACCGUGUGGAAAAGUUGAUGUGUUCCCAGUCCCAAAACUUUCUGUCCUUCCCCAAGGCCACACAGGAACUCAAGGAUGCCUUCAUUUCCUGUAGUACAAGUGACAACAGUCCUGUGAUCUUGUUUGUGUCCAAAAUGUUCCCUGUGGAGAGGAAAAUGUUACCGCAGUUCAAGCAGCGGCCAUUAAGUGAGGCAGAGAUACAGCAGAGACGGCAACAAGCACGACAACGCCAUCUGGAGAAAAUGUCUGGUCCUACAGAUGUGGUCAAUGAAAAAACGAAAGACGAAGAGGUGACAACCAGUCAAGGUUCAACUGUCACCAGUAAUGGAACUGCCUCAGCUGUCAAUGGUGGGGGAGCCCCCUCAGUGGAGGCGAAUGGCAUCGCCAUGGAAAUUAAAGCUACCAAAAAGGAAGCCGAAGAGGAGGCACCCACAGUGUUCGUGGCAUUUGCUCGAAUUUACAGUGGCACAGUGAAAAAGGGCCAGAAACUUUACGUGCUAGGUCCUAAACAUGACCCCUCACAGGUGGAGGAAGGGGCUGUACGUGUAGGCCAAUCUGUGGACGACCUCGGCACUCACGACCACAUCACAGCCUUCACUGUGUCUGACCUCUUCCUGUUCAUGGGACGGGAACUGGAGCACAUGGAUGACAUCCCUGCUGGAAACAUACUGGGUAUAGGUGGACUGGAGGACCACAUACUAAAGUCCGGGACCGUGUCCAGUACCGUCAUGUGUCCGGCCUUCACUGACUUCUACCUUGAUGCCUCACCAAUCGUCAGGGUGGCACUAGAACCUAAACAUGCAGGUGACAUGGUACACCUGGUGCGGGGCCUGAAGCUGCUGAACCAGGCCGACCCUUGUGUUCAGGUGUUGGUGCAGGAGACAGGUGAACAUGUCAUCAUCACAGCAGGCGAGGUUCACCUACAGAGGUGUCUUGAUGACCUAAGAGAGAGGUAUGCUAAAAUUGGACUGCACGCAUCUUCACCAAUUGUGCCUUUCCGAGAAACGAUAAUAAAUCCCCCAAAAGUGGAUAUGGUAAAUGAAGCCGUUCAGGAUCAGCCAAUCAAAACAGCCAGGGCAAAGGAGUUUGAGGAUGACGAGGAAGUGAUAGAGACAGGAUUGGUGGAGAUGUACACGACCAAUCAGAAAUGCUGUAUCAGAAUCAGGGCUGUAUCGCUACCUGAUGCUGUAACAGACUUACUGGAGCAAAAUGUGAAUCUCCUCAAAACCCUUCACGGCUUAAACAGAGCAAAAGUAUAUGGCCAGAAUAGUAAGGUCAAGGACACAGGUGUAAAGGACAAAGGGGUCAAGGACACAGUGUUAGAGGCUCUCAGCCAUUUUAAGUCCAGUCUUAGUAAAGCUUUCACAGAGGAAGGGAAGACAUGGACAGACGUUAUUGAUAACAUCUGGGCAUUUGGACCCAAAAGGGUUGGCCCCAAUGUGCUGCUUAAUCGGGUGGAGGGAUACGACAGACCCUCUGUGUGGGAUAUUCAGGGCUCUGAGGGACUCCUUAGGGACUUUGACAGCAAUAUAGUCAGUGGUUUCCAACUGGCAACCAUUGCAGGUCCACUGUGUGAAGAGCCCCUUCGUGGUGUAUGUUUCGUGAUAGAGAAAUGGGAAUACCUUGACAUGUCUUAUGCUAAGCUCGCUAGGAUCAGUGAAUCGGAAAGUGAUCCAAAAUUAACCGAUCUUUUAAGUAGCUCAGUAGAAAAAAACUUGAUCAUAGAGGAGGUAGAUGAAAAGUGUAAUGAUAGUGACAAGGAAGAGGAUAGUUGUGAGGAGGUAAAGGAUGUGAUUAAGCCACAGAGGAAGAGAGAGUAUGGUCCAUUUUCAGGCCAGAUCAUCUCGUGUGUGAUAGCAGGGUGUAGGAAAGCUUUCCAGACUCAGCCCCAACGACUUAUGGUAGCCAUGUACAAGUGUAACAUCCAGGCCAACUCGGAUGUACUGGGUAAGCUGUAUGGAGUUCUAGGAAAGAGGAACGGCAGUAUACUGGAGGGAGACAUGACGGAAGGGUCCCAGACCUUCAAUGUUGUGGCCACCCUCCCGGUGGUAGAGAGCUUCGGUUUUGCAGAGAAUAUCAGGAAGAAGACAAGUGGACUAGCUAGUCCUCAGCUGGUGUUUAGUCACUGGCAGGUCCUUGAUGUUGAUCCAUUCUGGGUACCGACCACAGAGGAAGAAUAUCUCCAUUUCGGGGAGAAGGCAGACUCUGACAACAAGGCCCGCCAGUAUGUCAAUGCGGUGAGGAAACGUAAGGGGCUCAAAGUGGACGAGAAGAUUGUAGAACAUGCAGAGAAACAGCGUACACUUACCAGGAAUAAAUAACAGAAUUCCUAGAUAUGUUACAUGCCUGAGAUCAUGUUUGUGGAUCUGCACAAAGAAUAUCAUCUUGUUAAACUAGGACCAAUCCUUGAAACGAAUUUCUACAGAUAGUUUAUUGCAUUAUUUAUUGAGAACUUGAUUUUAUACAAAAGUGCACAUCCUAGUUUUUACAUCUUUUUUCUCAUGAUUAAUAUUUGUGAAUGUUAUUUUUUUCAAACUGAGAGAAAUGUAAUGCUCUUGUUGAAUUGUUAUGGAAUAAAUUAUU